AUGACAUUUAGCACGGAUUUUUUUGAUUCGUCAUUUACAUCAACAACUGAUCGAUCUGAGAAAGAUGCAAAACUAAAAGAUUGCGGCUGCGAUGACAUCGUUAAGACCACAAUACAGGGUACGAUAUCGUUUCGAUUCAAAUGCGGAAUUCACGUAGACUUCACGCUCGAUGGAUCCGUGAGGGUUGUCAAUCAAAUGGCCAACGCCGUGGCAGCGGUAAAUGCAUAUGGUAACAUAUCGGCCAUCAUGCACCCGGUCGGCUUCAUGUACAAGAAAGAUGACACCGUGUAUGUGCAAGCAAACGACAUUCACGAAGGAAAUCACAAGUUAGCGAAAAUAAGGUCGUCUGGCAUCCACUUCAAAGCCGUCAACAGCCCGUUGGUGUACCUGGUGGACGAGGCGGGCGUGCGGACGAAUUUCUCGGAAAACUUCAUGGACAUGGACUACGACUUCACGCUGGACGUGCUGUACAAUGACUGCCGACACGGGGAGAUGUACAUGGACGAGUGUGACGACCUGUUGUCGGAAAUGAGAAGCUCAUUGUCCUUAUCUGGCACGCAGUGGAAAAUCUUCGACCUGGUCAUCAUACAGGAAAACGUUCACGGCCUUAUCAGAGUGAUCAAAGAAGGGCAGAACAGUUUUGAAAUCCGUGCCUCGGCCACCGCCGGGACAAUCAACUUGUACUCAAACGAAGUAGACUGCACGGCGUCGCACGGCUCCAAUCAUCAUUUCUUCGUUAAGAGGAACAAGAGCCGCAUACACUUUGAGGUGAUGAAAAAGUUCAUGGUACGUUUCGGCGGUUAUCACACCGGUUUCAACGAGCACAACGAAAUAUCUUUCUUCUGA